UACUUUUAAAUGCUGGUUUUAAUGACAUUGACAUUGCGUCCAACUCACUUGUAGCAAAAGUAAUCUGGGCGAUCGUCCCCAUGGAGGUCGGCCCGCCGAGACGCAUCACUCUGCGGGCGGCGUUGAACACGUACAGCCCGGACAGGAUCAAGCCACCGCCGCAGACGAGUCGACAGCUCCAGCAGCUCUUAAACGUCUGCAUGGACUUCGACAUUGGGACAUGUUCUCCUCCUGCCGGUGCCUCGGGGUUCGCCAUCUUGCUGCGGUAUCUGUGCUAAAGCUAACAGCUAAGGCGCGCGGAAACGUCUAAUAGCGUAAACGACAGCUGCUUAAAGGCUGCGCGGAGUGUACAACACGCAGCAAGAACACGUAUGGAAUAUAUAUUCCACUUGUCUCAUGUUUUUCGACGAGGCACAUUUGUUCCAAUUCUAACUCAUUCUCAGGUGGGUCUAUUUGUUGCUAAAGUUGCUAAAUGACGGAGACGUCGCCGUUGCGUGAUGACGUCACGGCGCAAUGACCAUUGGAUUACUAUGUUUCUCAUCACAUUUUUACUUGUAAAAAUAGUAGAAAACAACACGUUAGAUUUGUUCAUAUUUAUUCUUUAUGUUCGUAUCCGUAUUUCUGUUUAAACGUAUCAAGUACAUUUAGCAACUUACAAGGAGCUUUUGCAACUAAGCGGGCAGUAAAAAUGUUUCUUUUUAAGGGAAAGUGCGUGCGUUUUAGUGUUUGAGUUUUCUAACGUGUUUAAAAUUAGCUACAUUUGCUUCUAUGUGGCUUUUUGGUGAAAAAGUUGCUAAAAACAGAACGACUCGAAGUACAUUAUACUUCCGGGUUAAGUUAGGCGUCUUUCCUCUAUGACCUUUUCAAAAUAUGUUUUUGUUGUUGACACUAAACGUAAAAUGGUUGUACGUUUUCGCCCGCACAACUUUAUACAUUAACUGUAAUUCCCGAGAGGACUUCUGACCUCUCGGCUGCACUACUCGAUGUCAGUGUUAAUUCAAUGAGCAACGCAAACCGUUAGCAUGUUGCUGUAUGUUGCUUUUUUGGUCGCUUGGGCGUCCACGUUCGGCUUUGGUCAAGCCGAGGUGGCAUCUUGGGACUCCACAUAUGUCGCCGCUGUAUACGAACACCGCGUGAUCCUGAAUCCGGACCCCCAUAUCCCACUUUCUCGGCUGGAUGCCCUCCAACACAUGCGCAAAAAUCUUGCCGUAUACGAGGAGCAAGCGGCCCUGGCUGCCCGCCAGGGUGCCCAAAUCGUAGUGUUUCCAGAAGAUGGUCUUCAGGGUUUCAACUUCAGCCGUUUGUCCAUUUCUGGCUACUUGGAGACCAUUCCUGACCCCCAAGAGGAUACGUGGAACCCAUGCAUGGAACCAGGAAGGUUUAAUAAUACAGAGGUUCAGCAGCAGUUGAGCUGCAUGGCUCGCCGCCACAACCUUUACGUGGUGGCCAACAUGGCCGACGUGCAGCCCUGCCCCCUGAAGACAGAACCCACCUCUUCUUGUCCCACAGACGGACGCUGGCAGUUCAACGCCAACGUGGUUUUCAGGUCCGAUGGACUGUUGGUGGCACGCUACCAUAAGCAGAAUCUUUAUUUUGAGGAAGCAUUUGACACUCCGCCACAGCCAGAGAUCAUCAGUUUUGAGACCCCCUUUGCUGGGAGGUUUGGUCUUAUCACCUGCUUUGACAUCCUCUUCUACGAGCCCAAGGUCACCCUGCUGGAGAGGGGUGUGCGUCAGCUGAUCUUCCCCACGGCUUGGAUGAACCAGCUGCCCCUCCUGGACACCAUCCAGUUCCAGCGGGCGUUCAGCCUGGGCGCCGACGUGACGCUGCUCGCCGCCAACAUUCGCAGCGACCGACUCAUCAUGACAGGAAGUGGUAUCUACACUCCUUUUGCGGCCACCUACCACCACGCGCAGACCGGAGACCCCGAGGAGGGCCGCCUGCUGGUGGCCAGGAUCCCCGUGUUGGGCGUGGCCGCAGAAUAUGGCAGAGUCAAAGAGACUGCCACAGAUUCAGGAUACUGUCACCAUGAUGACGCUCCACUGCCCUCUUCCACAUUCACCUCCACCAUGAUGUAUGAUCCAUUCAAAUUUGCCUUGCUUAACGGCACAGAAGGCAACCUUAUGGUGUGCGACGGCGCUUUCUGUUGCCGCUUGCAGUUCCAGCGUUCUCCGCAGAGCAAAAGUGAUGAGCUCUACGCACUGGGAGCUUUUGCCGGAACACACAGGGUCAACGGACGUUAUGCUGUGCAGGUGUGUGCAGUGGUCCGUUGCGCAGGUUCCGAAGCCAGCUCCUGUGGACAGGAAGUCGAAGAGGCGGAGACUAAAUUAGACUUUGUUCUGGAGGGAGGGUUUGGGAGCAAAUAUGUGUACCCGUCAGUGCUGGUGAGCCGUUACAUCCUGGAGCAGCCAGAACAUGUGGAGAAAAACACAGAUGGAAGGGUGACCAUGAAACAUUCAAACACGACAGGCGGGCUGGUCACGGCAUGCUUGUACGGACGCCUCUAUCACCUGGACAAUGAAUGACCCAUUGUGAGUUUGUCAGGGGAUGGCAAAACACAUUAAACAUGCACUUGACUGAAACUAGUAAGAGGAAUACUGUCUUAAAAUUAUGAAGUAAAUAAAAACUAAUCUUUUUUUUUUUUUUUUUUUUAACUUCCUCUUUACAAACAUUGCACUAAAUAAUUUUCACUUCAGGAAAUGUGCUUGUUCCUGAAAAGGCAAUAUUUAAUCAUGAUGCACUCACGCACUUACUCAAACAUCAAGUAGUUGGGCUGCUGAUUCCACACCAAUCCUUCAUAAAAAGAGGUUCCAUCCACUCCCUGUUUCAGGUAUUCUUGUUCCUCUGUUCAUACAAGGGUUCAUUAAGAACCUCCUAGUGGUUCAUCACGAUCACUGUCUACCGGGUCCCAUUUAGAAUAUCCAAGUUUUUGGUUCCUUAGUCCUCUGAGCUUCCCUUCACAAAAACAUCUUGUAUAGUAUUGAAGGUUUCCAUAAUAGCGAUGUGAAAGUGGCGGUACUAAGGGGUGGAUUAAAUCAGGUAAGUCCCCACUAAAGGACCAAGUACCAAAUGCACGGCCCGCCACUGGCUAUGAGAGAGGGUGUCUCAAAGAAAUGUAGUGUACUGUAUUUUUGAGAGAAUAAGCAUUGCAUUAUUUAAA